AAAUGCGAAGACGUGGCGAUGAACUUGAUGUUGAGUUGGCACCGAGUAAAAGACUAAUUAAUUGCGGUUUGACCCCCCAUGUUUUGAACAACUCUCAUUAUAUUCGAACUUCUUCAGAUACAACCAUUAAAGCACUCAAUGAAUUUUUGAUGCAUUUAGCCAAUCAGACAAGUGGGUUUGUCCCAAAACAAUUGACCGAUUUCAUCACAACAGAUCAUGUCGAGUCCAACUUAUGUCACAAUUCUAAUAUUAAUCAAUUUUAUGUAGAUCGACGAUACCGUCUAUGUAAAAUUGACCCGUCUGAAAAUUUGGCAAAUAUUUUUUUCAAUUCAAUUAACUGGGACAAACAUUUGAUCAUUUUCUUUGAUUUGAAGUCAGCAAAUGAGUCAAGUUUGGGAUUAAAUGAAAUUAUUGGCGAGGAAUUAGCUAAUUAUAUUGAACGAUAUGCAAGAACCGAAUCAUUGGAUGUAAUUGUUAUUUUAUUAUGA